ACUCGUGUACUAAAAAGUACAUCACAGCUGAUACGACCAAUCUCUUGUCUCAAGCACACAGUUAACCCAUUCUGGUUAUACACACAAAAUAUGCUUGAAAAAUUCAAAUAUGAAGAAAAAAAUCGUUCAUUUUUAUUUCAUUCUUCCUUUUCAUUUUAAAAUGAACGAUUUCAUUUGUCAAUUUAGAAAAAAAGUUCAUGUUCCACUCACGAACGUCCGAUUCGCGUGAUGAAUUUCGGUUGCUCGUGUGUAUGUAUACAUUGAUGUUGACCGAGUCGAGUCGAGUCGACACACACAGAUAGGGAGAUAGAGAGGCGAGUACAACGGUAUUGCGGCGCAACCGAAUUGACCACAUGCAAAUUGCGCUGCACGAAUCGGCUCACACUAUGCUCCGACUAUGCUUUGGGCUGGCGUGCUGAAAACAAUGCAUCUCUUUUCAUCAUCAUGCGAUAGCCGCUAUUCAGACAUUCAUCGCAACGAGAGAGAGAGAGUGCCGCAUUGUGAGUGCCUAAUAAAUUCGUGGUAAUUUUAGCGGCAUUCACUUCACAACGAGAUUUCGCAUCGAAGACAUCACAUCAGAACCGACAUUUUGUCCACGAAAAAAACGCGCAACGCCAUAAAUUGCUGCUUUAUUUUAACAUUUUCGGAAUAUUUUUUUUAUAUUGAAAGACUGAAUGCGGUUUAUAAACAAUUAACUUGAACAUACGACUUGAAUUAAGUGAAUAUUAAGACAGUUGAACGUGGUUCUGUGCGCGGAAAGAGUUUUAAAAGAAUAGUGAAUAAAAAAUCUAUCAAACUGACGAAAGCAAACAAGAAGCCAUCUAAAGAGAACAAUUCUCAAAUGGGUGGUCUAAUGAAUUGGCUGAAAAAAGACGGUUCAAAGCGAACGCGCCGUCGAGAAAGUGCACCGCUUCAAAUGUUCGCGAAACAAAAACCAACCAGCGAAGAGAAACUACGCAAUAGUUUGAUUCGUUUCACACAGUUUCGUGAGCAUCAGCGCAUAGAACGAUUGUCGAUGGGCGCAAAUGAAGUAGCUGCCUAUCACACAAUUUCGGGUGAUGCACCGAAUUAUACCGAUGGAAAUACAACGCCAACGGAACAAAACCAUGUCGCAUACCAACCACCAAGUACCUGCCCGCCAAAACCGUAUCGCAGUCAAGGCAUUCCAGAGAAUCGCAAUGAAAGUACACAGCCACCGUACAAUGGCCGUCGAACAAAAAAGAUUAGCGUUCAGUUUCACUUGGGCGAGGGCACCGAUGACAGUGAUAUGACUUUGAACCAUCGUAACUCGCGACAUUCAAUGCCUGCCAUUGUAACAAAUGCAUACGUGCGCGGAAUGCGACGAACACAGAAUUCCAUUGACUCAAGGACGAUUCGAGAGGAGGCGAUUGAAGAGUUUGAAGAAGAGCACUGCAUGUACAACAGUGACAGUGUGAACGACGACCAGACGAGCUAUCGAAGUCCGCCGAUGAAAUUUUACAAACAGAAUCUCAAUCCAUAUCCAAGCAACAGUGAGACUUCAUCACUGAGCACACUAGCUGAGGCGCUGCCGAUUCGGGGAACUUGCCCCGAAAAACCAAAGCGAUUACUGUUAAACAGCAAACAGUCCCGGAAAUUACUAACCGAAGCCCAUUUCACCGGUGCCUAUCGGAAUUUCGAAAUUAAAUCACCUUAUUACUCGGACAGUUCGUCGGUGUUUAGUGCGGUGGAGAAGCAAAACCAUGCUACGACCGAUACGGGGAGCGGUUUGAAUGGUGACAAUGCAUCACAAUUGGAUCACUAUCAAGUCGUUGUGAAUAAGCAUGGGGAUGAAGUUGAGUAUGCAUUGCCAUGUAUUGAUCUGCCACAGUACCAAAGACGACAACAAUUAACUGAUUGUUUUAAAUCUGACGACUCGACACUGGCCGAUGAAGUUUUUGAUACAGAUCCAAAGGAGUUUGUCCGUAUUUUAAGUGAAAAUUUCGAAAUGGCUUCGAACACAUCGCAUUCGGUGCAUGAGGAAGAGCUCAUGCAGGGAGAGUAUCAUCGGACGAAUGGCAAGGUUAUGAUCACUGAUUUGGAUAAGUCUAUCGAUAGUGCACACACAUUCGACGAUUUGGAAACGGUCUCGCGAGCUGAACGCAUUAAUGAGGCCAAUUCACAGAUGCGAACACCAAAUCGAGUGCUACAAUUCCAUGAGACAAUGCAAUGCGCUGAUAUCAUUUGUUUGAUCAGCGAAUUCAAUUCAAUGGGCCGAAUGGAGGUCCAAAUUGAAACACCGCUACAUUUUGAAUGGGGUACUUUCAAAAAUGCCAAAGUCACUGUUCGUAAGUAUGCCGAUCUAAGCAAUGAUGAUGAAGCAAAUAAGGAUUUUGCACUCAUCGCCGAAACGGCCAUCAUUCGUGAUGCUGAAGUGUUGAGGAAAAUCCGCCAUCCAAACAUCAUCAACUUGAUGGCGAUUGCAUUUGAGCCAUUCAAACGAUUAGCUCUCAUUAUGGAACCAACGAGGCAUUCCUUGAAUCAUCAUUUGUUUGCUAAGAACGAGCAAUUGGACCUGAUCGAAGUGGUAACAGUGGUGAAACGAAUCGCAGGGGCCAUUUCGUACAUGCAAGAGUUUGGAAUAUCCCAUUCGAACAUUUCAUCACAUGCGAUUUUGGUUGGAAACACUGUGACUCAAGUCAAAUUGACAUCAUUUGAAUUGGCUGUUCCAUACAAGUCCGACAUUCAGGAUGAGGUCGACUUGAAAUCCAAGCAAAAAACCAAACGAGUGCCAUCAAUUCGCCCGAAACGUUCACCAAAGCAGUCAUUAAGCUCCGAACAAAAAAUCGAACGAUACAAGCAGCUUACAAGUCAAGUCGUGUUCAACGAAGAUGGAUUAGAGUCCACUUACACUGUGCCAUUUAUACGUGAGAUUAGUACAAAAUACUUUCCCUAUUCCACUGAAUAUCGUCGCAAAUUGGCAAUAUUUAACUAUCAACCGCCUGAAUUACUCUCACAAGACGAACAAUUUGUCUUUCCGACGAAACAAUCGGAUACGUAUGCAUUGACACUCCUUUUAUGGGAGUUGCUCAAUAAAUGCAUUCCGUUUGUGAUUUAUGACGAAACCAAAUUGGAUGAGCUUCUGAAAUCGAACUAUCCGCUGAAAUAUUUGCCAAUCGUUGAAGAGGAGCGAUGCCAACGUUUCCAUGAAAUACUCGAGCGAGGAUUGAAACGUGAACCAGCAACGCGUAUCGAUUUAGCGAAAAUGAUUCGGAAAUUAGAAGCCAUCGAAACGGAAAUUUUACGGGGAAAUGAGAAUGAUCACGGUACAAUGAAGUGUUGUUGUUUAAAGUCGCAGAAAAGCAAAGCUACACAACGACAACAACCAUCCGUUCAAGAGAAUACAUUGAAAGAUGAUACAACACCAGAUAAGUCGAACAGUAAACAGUUUACGGCAAUCACUUCACCACCAGUCGCGGCUUUGUCAACGCAAUCGGUGGAGAAAAAUAUGUCACCGUUGAACAAUGUGCAUCGCAGCAUUUUAGAUUUUAAUCGCCUUCUUUCACCACGACGCGAUACAAACGAUGAAACAAUUUUGCGAACGAGUACGCUUAAAAAGAAGAAAAAAGUGCCGCCAACCAAAAGCAACAAGCGCAAUGUUCGAGAUUUGUUUGGCGAUGAUGUGCCAGCCACGGACAAUAAGCACAGCGACGAAUUGAAAGCGGCCGUUCUCACCGCUCAAGACUCGGAGCCGUUCUCGUCGACCGGCCGGCCGUCGAAUGAAUUCAACAAUGCCAUCUUUCAAUCGGCCAUUUCGAAGGAUCUCGAAUUCACGAAUGUGGAAGAAGAGGAAGAGAGUAUGAAAGAGAAUAGGCCGGCGAACAAGAAGAUUGAACAGCCAUUCGGGCCGAAAGAAGUGAGUAAUUCCAAUGAAAUGGUCGACACAAAAGUAUCGUGCCCGAAUAAUAGCUACCAAUUCAUCAUUGACGACUAUCAAUUGCCACAGGAGUUGAUUGCACGGAACAAUAAAAUUCGACGUUGUACUUGGCUAUCGUCGGAUCAAGUGAACAAUACGCAAUUGCAGACCAGAAACGAAGAUGCGUUGCUUCCAACACUGAACGAGAGCAAUGAUAGUAGCAAAAAGAUGAAUGUUAAUAUUAAAAUUGUGCACAAACAAUUGACACCCACGAAAAAUACCUCACGAAAUGAUUCGAUGAAGUCGAAUUGUUCAACGGUAAGUGCAAUGAGUGCGGCCAGUAGCGAAGAUGAGUUUUCGGUGAAAUCACGCAUCAAGUUCUUCCGUUCGCUGGAAAGUCAACCGGUUCAACGGAGAACGCCGAACAAAAGUAAAAUGAAUAUGAGCCGUCGUUCGGAGAUGUCAUUCAAUGAGGUUAGGAAAGCCGCUGAAAAGGCACAACGACACACAUAUCCAUCAUCGAAACAGCCGACCGAAAAUCUCAAUCAACAGCUCAUCAAAGAAAUCACCGAUAUAACGGCCGACAUCAAGAAUUGCCUGUCGCAGAACAAGUAUUUGAGCGAGAAAAAGGCCGACCAAUCGCAAGCAAAUGAGAAUGAAAUCAACAAUUUGCUGAAUACCAAUUUUAGCGAGGCCGAUGAAUCAAUUGCAUUGCUGAUCGAUGAUCUUUUGAAUGAGAAACAUUUGCUUGAUGAGAACGCUAAAAAUGAGUCACUCAACGAAGAAAACGAAAAACGGAAUUCAGUUCGUGAAACAGUUCAGAAGUUUGAGUCUUCGUUGCGCAACGAAAAGAACGACAGUAGCUUCUCAUUUCAAAAGAUUGAGAAUAAAUUGCUAAACGAGAAGAUUUUCAACACAAAUGUGAAAUCGGACAAACGAAAAACGACGGAAUUUUUCGGCAACAAAUUGAAUGAGGUGACAAAUGAAAAAAUCGAAGAUGUGAUUCGGUUUGAGGUACCAUCCGAAGUGGAUAACGAAGCUGGAGCCCAAUAUCAAGCGUUUGAAGAGACAGGAGAACCGAUUGCAGAGACUGGAAGUCAGCAGUCGCAAACGUUGAUAAAACGCACUUUCUAUCAAGAGAGCAUAAUUUCGGGUUCAAAUGUUGAGGUGCCAGAACUGCAAUCUCUGCUUGCCAAUGCACCCACGGUCACAUCGGUAACCAGAAAAUCGUCGCUAACGACCAGAGUCACGCUAAACAUGCGGAAAUGCCGACGACGUUCAUCUGAUGUUGGGUUAAUUGCACAGAACUCGCAAAAUGGUGAUCGAGCCGGUGACAUUAUUGGCUCAUCAAACAUGGCUGAAGUACGCCAUUCGAUCUGUGGCAGCCCAUUGCCGUUUCUAAUGCGAAAUAAUUCAGUUGAUACGACUGCAGCCGGUCGUAGGCUUGAGCAAAUGACCGCUGAAAAGCUGCACAUGAACCAGGCCACUGGAAGCAGACUGUCCAACGAUCAGCUUCAGUCAUCCGUCUGUUCAAGCGUUUUGACCGGAAUCUUCAACGGAAAACAAAUACAAUCCAUCGAAGAUUUGUACAUCGAUGAUGAUUUUGGUGGAAUAAGCCUAGCUGCGAAUAUGAAACUAAUGACGAACUCAACGGAUUCGCUCGAUAACAUCAAUUUUGAUGUGAUUGCAACACACAUUUUCGAGCAGAAUUCCGAAUCAUUGAUGACGACCACAAAUAAUACACUACUGAAUACAAAUUUGAACGCCAUCGAGCAAGGUGAAGACAAAAAUGACGCUACAGCUGAAGAAUAGUUGAAUUUUUUACGGAGAAAGAUGUAUAAAAUAGUAGAACAAAUACGUGUCAUGCUAACAAUUGAAAAAAUUUAAAGGAAUACGACAUAAAAUGAAAGCAAAGAAAACUAAUUGUGUAGAAGCUGAAAACGAAGACAAGAUUUCCACAAGAAAUUUGCAUGAACACAUCUCUCUAUACAGGGAAUAAAUAGUAAAUAAAUAGAAUAAUCAGUCAUCCAA